AUGGCAAAGAAGAAAGUCAAGAGUAAUCAGGACCUAAGCAGUCUUGUCUCUAACAGCAGUCCCCUUUUGGAAAUUAAUUUCCCGGAACCAUUAUUUGCACUAUGCUGUCACCCUGAGAAGCCUCUGAUAUUCAGCGGGCAGGCCACUGGUCUAAUUAUGUGUCAUAGCUACGACCCUGUUGUUUUAGCUAGCAUCAUGAAGCGGAACGCUGCAUUACUUGCUGAAGAACAAAACAACAAGAAGGAAAAGUCCGAAACGAGAAAGAAGUUGUGGACGGCGGUUGACGCGAAAGAAGAUGGCAGUUCGGAUAAUAAAGGUUUCAAACUGCAAUGGAAAACCAAAAGACACAAAGGUAGUGUACGGGCCAUGUGCUUAGAUGCUGAUGGGUCGCACAUAUAUUCUAUUGGGAUUGAUUGUAUGUUGAAAAAAGCAAACUCGGAAACAGGCAGAGUGGUUAAAAAGCACCAAGUGUCAAGCGACACCAGUGUUAAGUACACCAAAAUUGUGAAGUCCACGAGCCACAAUCUACUCCUUUUGGGAGAUGAGAAUGGAAACGUGGUUGCCCUUGAUAGCCAUACUUUGGAGGUGAAAACGACCAUUAGCAACAUUCAUUCUGGCGAUGCAAUUAAUGACAUAUUUCAAUUCACAGGCAAAUCAAUGUAUAAGUUUAUCUCUCUGGGACAAACUACUCUGGCGUAUUGGGAUUCGCGAGAGUCGAACGAAUCAGACCAUCUUAUUCAGCUAGACGACCUUGAUGCUAAGCGCAAGGUUCGUUUGAGUGACGAUCAGGAAGACGAAAUCUUAUGCGGGACAUUCGUAGACCCCCAAAAUGGUGACACCCUGGUGUGUGGUAUGGGCGAGGGUAUAUUAACCGUUUGGAAACCAAAAAAAAACGAUUUGGUGGACCAGAUCAGUCGGAUCAAAGUCAAAAAAAAUGAGAGUCUGGACUGUAUAGUACCAACAUUACAAGAUGAUGAUUCCGUGUGGGUUGGUUGCUCGGACGGUCAAAUUUACAAGGUGAACGUGAAGACGAGUAAAGUUGUCGAGAUAAGAAAGCAUAACGACAUCGACGAGGUGCUUUUUGUGGACUUGGACCAUGAAUAUCGCUUAGUGUCAGGCGGUAUGGAUAAGGUGAAGAUUUGGGAGUUCACAGAAAAUGGGGAUGACCUUGAAAAGGCUGAUAGUAGCGCAGAAGAGGGUGGCAUGGCUUCACAAUCCGACUCGGGCUCUGAUUUUGGGUCUGAUGCAGAAAGCGCCGACAAUGACUCGAACUCUGAUACUGGUUCUGGUUCCAGUUCCGAUUCCGAACAUAGUCCCAGUGGAGGUGAGGAGUUGGUCGGUUUGAGUAAAGAAGAGUUGCUCAAGGAGCUGGACAAAGAUCUUGUCCAGAGUGAAGCGGAAGAAGAAGCAUCUUCAAAAAAGAGGGGAGCUGGGGAAAGUGGCACAGCGAAGUCGUCUAAGAGACACAAAGUUAAGCAGAAGCCCCUGACGUCGAAACAACUACAAAACUUACAGAAACAGGAGCAUGGCAUAAAGAAAUUUGACGAUUUGUGA